GCAUCAGGCAUCUCGUUCAAAUCGCAAUUCCUCUACCUCGUCGUAUAUGUCACCCGAUACCUUGGUACGCCUGCCUGCCCUACGAAAAACGCAUAUCGCAUACUGAGACUUGCCCUACANGACCUUCUUUGGACAGACCCCUUCAGAAGCUUGUGGAACACCACUUUCAAACUCGUCUUCAUUGGCACCUCAGCUUAUAUCAUCUAUCUAAUGCUCAACGACUACAAGCCCACCCACGAUCCCAACCUCGACACCUUCAGAGUUCAAUACUUGGUCGCAGGAAGUGCCGUCUUGGGCAUUUUGUUCCCUUACAAAUAUGAAUUCGCCGAGAUGCUUUGGACUUUCUCAAUCUGGUUGGAAGCUGUCGCUAUCCUGCCCCAGUUGUUCAUGCUGCAGAGAACCGGUGAAGCAGAGACCAUUACCACCCACUAUCUGUUCGCUUUGGGUGCUUACAGAGCCCUCUACAUCCCCAACUGGAUCUACCGCUGGUUUACUGAGCGCCACUUUGAGCCCAUCUCGGUUAUCGCAGGUCUUGUUCAGACCGUUCUGUACUCCGAUUUCUUCUACAUUUACUACACCAAGGUCUUCCAAGGCAAGAAGUUCAACCUGCCUGUG